AUGGACUGUCUAUGCAGGGGCAGAGGCCAAGAGUUUUAUGGUGCAGUCUGUCAAAGACAUCAAUGCUCAGAUUAUCGAAGAUCCUUCCCUGACAAGGAACAUCAGUGGAUAAUCUGUUCAGGGUGGAGAGUUACUUCUGUUAUCUCAGCUGGAGACUUAGAGCUUCCUUCUGGAGAUGAAGAGGAUGAGGCUCAGACAGAACAAGCAGCUGUGGAGGCCACUCCUUCUUCCAGAAGGAAGAGAAAAGAAACUGCUCCUGCCCAGGACACUGAAAGUCCUCCUCCUCCUCUUACUAAGUCCAAAAGACUUAAAAAGAGGACUAAGGUGGAGUAUGUGGCCACAGAAGAACCUGCAGCAGCUCCAACAACCACUUAUGGGACAGAUGAAGAACUUAGGGAAGCCUUUGAUGCCGUGGAGCAGGAAAGAGAACAGGAAGAAGAAGAAGAUGUCCCUUCCAAGGAGAAGAACAAAGAGCCAGAAGAAGAGGAGGAGAUUCCUGCUGAGGUGAUAGCAGAAAGCAUUGCCUUGGCCAAACAACAACAAGAAGCUCAGAAGGCAAAACCCAUAAGCUCAAAACUGGCUUUAUUCGACGAUGUGGAGGCAGAACAUUCUGCUGCAGCCCAAAUGCCCAUGGAGCGGUUAAAGCCAUCUAUUUUAGAACCUGUGGAGCAGGCAAAUCUUCUUGUUGCAGCCUCAGAACCUGAAGUGGAGGCCUCUGCUGCUGUUCCUAGACUUGUGGUAGAAGUGCCCAGGACUGCUGGGGUUUUGGAUGUGAUGACCAAUCCUCCGGUGCCUCCCAUUGUUGCUCUGGAUAAGUUGGAGAAAUUGAGUUCCACUCCUGGCAAGGCUAAGUCCAAGGUGGUGGAUGAGGCAAUGGAGAGGGAUAUGGACCUCUUGCACAGGCAGAACAUGGCUUCCAAGCCUAUUCUGGAAAUGAGCAUUGGUCUGGCCAGAGAUGUGCUCAACCUUCAUAACCGCUAUGAAGAUCUCAAGCCCACCUUCAAGACCUCUGAGUUCUGCAAAGCCACUCAUGAAGCCAACUUGGCUGAUUAUGCAAAGCAAAAAGCAAAACUGGACCAGAUGGUUGGGUACAAGGAGGCCAAGGCCACUGCAGACAGGCUGGAGAAGCAGAUUGAAGAGCUUCAAAAGCAGCUGGUAGAAUGCAGGGAAGUGCAGAACAGGCUCAGGCCUGGACUGAGUUCCAAGACUAAGGCCACCUUUCUUGUGCAGAACAUGGUUUCAGCUUCCAGGCCAGCCUUGAAGAUUGCAGAGGCCUCAAUCCACCAAGGGGUGCUACUCCAGAAGGAACUUUCUAUCAAGAUGGCUAGUUUACAGGAGACUCUUAAGAAGUUAGGCUUUUAG